UUCUUUUUUCGCUUCAAUUUUUCUCCUCAUUUUCACAUGAACAUGGUUCAUUGUAAACAAAUUGUUCACACUUUUAAUUAAACGAAAUAAUUCGAUUCCUUCCAAUCAUUUUUCAUCUCAAAUUCAGUCUCAACUUAACUCAAUUUCAUCAUUUGUGCUUCAAUUGUGAGUUGACAAUCAACAGUCAAGAAAAGAUGAAAACUUUCGUUCUUACAAAUGUGAACUUCAUUCUGUUCAAAUUAACUUUGCCUGAUUACACGUUUCGUUUACCAUGGUUAUUCAUCGAAUCACUGGUUAAAUGAACAUUAUUCAAUCGAUGGAUUGAAAUGAAUUCAAAGUGUAAAGAAGAUUAAAGUUUGAUUGAAAAUUUGUUAUGAAUUGAGAGAAGAAAAAGUUGCGUCUUUUUUCGUUUGCCUUACAAUUCCUUCUGUUCCUUGCCUAUUUCGAUAUGAAUGAAACCAUGAUUAACAUUUCUGUUCUUCGGGAAACCCUUGAUUCAGUUAGGGAUCAUUCGGCCAAUCAGGUGACCAAUGUCAACUUUAACCAAUUUGUUUCUUCGUUGAGAAGAGAAUCCAUUCUGGAGAUUGUUUUAUACUCAUUGCUCUUUGUUUCUGGUGCCAUUGGAAAUUUAUGGGUUUUCUUUAAGCAACGACAAAAGUGUCAACGCGAUGCAAGGAUCAACUAUCUUCUUCGUCACCUCAACUAUGCCGAUAUACUGGUCAUCUUUGGUACCAUUUUGAUUGAGAUCAUUUGGAGGAUCACAGUCUAUUGGCAUGGAGGUGAAAUUUUGUGUAAACUUGUUCAAACCUUCAGGAUAUUUGGUGUCUACCUAUCUUCCAUCAUGCUCAUCUGUAUUUCAGUUGAUCGAUACUUUGUUUUCGUCCAUCCGUUAAGCUUCAUCAAUCGAGAGAAGCGCAAAAAGAUACUGAUCCAUGCCUCGUACGUGGUCAGUGCAGUAUCAGCUUUGCCUCAAGCAUUCAUAUUUCACAUUAAAAGGCAUCCUCGAUACCCGGAAUUUGCACAAUGCCUUUCUUCCGGUUAUUUUGAUGCUGAAUGGAAAGAAAAAGUGUAUCAAAUAUUUACUCUCUGUAUAAUGUACUUUGUGCCUUUUUUUGUAACAUUAUUCUGCUACAUUCGUAUCAUUGCAGCUCUCAGUUCACAAAGAGAGUUAAAUAUUACAAUGGAAAUGGUUUCAGAUGUUUCAAGACCAACAAAUGAUGGUGAACAACGAAUCAAUGUUUAUCAACGAGCUGAGAGACGGACUCUUAGGAUGACUUCAAUUGUAGCUUUGGCCUUUGUUUGCUGUUGGACUCCUUAUACUUAUGUAGUCCUUUGGUUUCAAUUUAAUCCAGAUUCUUACCAAUCAACUAAUAUAUUGAUCAUGGAUGUUUUAUUUUGCUUUGCGGUUCUCAAUUCUGUGAUAAACCCAUGUGUUUAUAGUUCCCAUCUUUUUACCAAAAGGCGAAAUAAAACCAGUAAUAACUCUGCUUUAAACAAUUUAAACAAUAACAAUAGUAUCAAGCUUAAUGGAAGUAACGUUAUUAGAGGAAAUAAUAUCUCUAAACUUGCAACUCGUGAAACAUUUUUCUAGCCUCUGUUGACUACCUACCUUGGACCUGUAAUUACCUGAUUGGACCCGUUGAUACUCAACACUUGGUGAUAAGCUACUUGAUCAAUUGCAAUUUUCAAUACUAUUUAAACUUCGCAUUUACUAAAUGGGUUUGCACUAAUGCUCAACAAGAUAAUUAUAAAUAUAAUUAUUAACAGUUAUUAUGCUAUGUAUAGAUUAAUUUACUGAGAAAAUUUUAAUCGCUAAUUGAUUGAAGAUUGUUUUUAUUAAUGCAUUUGUAUCCAUUAUUAAAAUGGUAACUUGUUUCCUCUUUUUCUUCCCGAUGAUGUUUAUAUUAUUAACAAAAUGAAAUUAACGAAACGUUAAAUUGACAUUAAAAAAG